GCCUCUUAUCCUUCCUCAUCUCUCCUCCCUUCUGUCCCCACAUCAUCAAGGUGAAUUUACUGGGCGACCAAUUUGAGAAUGGAUCAGGGGAGGGGCAGAGAGAACCUGCGACUAAUGGCAUUGGCAAACAGAACAAGAGACGGCAGUUUGGGGAAAGACAAGAAGCCCACUUGCCCUUCAAAACCAAAUGCUUCCAUUACCCAUGGGCAAGGGAUAAGAAGACAUUCUAUGGGUUCCACUCUAGCAAACAAGUCUACAAAGACCUCAACCGUUGAUGCUGCUACCAAGAAUGUUAAAAAAACUGCAACACACGCCUCCCAACCCCAAAGGCCUAACCCUCUCACAAGAUCCGUUGUCAGGCCUGCAUCGGCAGAUCCCAUCCGAAAAAAGCCCUUUGUUUCUCCUCCACAAAAACCACCAACCAUCCCUAGGUCUGCUUCUUUUCCCUCAAAAUCCACUACUUCACUCAGGCCAACCAAGCCACCAAUUGCAGCAAAGCCACCCACCUCAUCUUCUUCGUCUAGGACUAGGACUAGGACUAGGACUAUGACUACCACAAUGACGGCUAGGAGCACGAAGGCUCCCCCUUCCCCUCGCCCCACCAGUAAGAGGGGAACUACUACUUCCUCGGCUUCAAACAAACCUCCACUUACUCGUGGUAUAAAACAAGCCAAAAAUCUUGAAACCAAGCAUGAAAACAAAGAAAAUUUGGAUCAUCAAGUUGGGCAGGUUGUGAAAGAUGAGAAGAGUGAUAUACAUGAUAUAAAAACACCCAAAGCCAAAGAAGAAAAUCAGCAACAAGCUCAUGUUGAAGAAGAAAAAGAUACUCUUGAUAAUGUUUCCACUGUUACGCACGACCAAAAGCAUCAACAUCAAGUGCCUCAGACUGAAGAAAUGGAAGAUAAGGCUCAUGAACAAGAACUUGAUGGCUCAAACUCCGAUGUUCAACAUGAGGAAGCCAAGGACAAUGACAACAAAGAGGAGAUCGAUGGUACACAUGAGGAGACUAAAACAAAAACCGAAGACAAGGGAGUAGAAGGUAGUACAACUGAGGAGGUGGCUGUUACGAAAGAAAGUGAAGAAGAAAACAAUGAUGAAGGAAAAGAGCAAGGGCUUGAAUCAGUUGAAGAGGAAGCCAAUUUGGUUGCCCAAAGCCAAGUAGAAGCAGAAGCAGAGGAUGGGGAAAAGGAAACAGUUGAACAGGAAGCAAAUACCGUUCCUGAAAGUCAAGUACAAGCAGAAGCAACGGAGGGGAAGCAGAAAAUAGUUGAAGAGGAAACAAAAAGUUGUUUACAAGCAGAAGCAGCGCAGGGGAAGCAGAAAACAAUUGAAGAGGAAGCAAAUAUGGUCACUGAAAGUCAAGUACAAGCAGAAGCAGCAAACGGGAAGGAGGAAAAAGUUCAAGAGGGUGUAGAUUUGGUUGCUAAAAGCCAAGUACAAACAGAAACAGCCAAUGACAAGAACAAACCAACAACACCCAACAGUGUUGUGGUAAAGAUGAUGGCCAGUAAGCUAGUUACAGAGAGGAAGGGCAGCGUGAGAGCACUGGUCGGGGCAUUUGAAUCCCAUGGCAAAAACAACGGCAGGGUGAGAGCACUGGUUGGGGCAUUUGAAUCUCACAGAUAAAACAAACUUCAAUACCAAAUCAUUAAUUCUCCGGCAAAUAAUUCAACCAUGUCUCACUACAUAUUUCUCGUCAACAACAUCCAAUGUCUGGAUUGAGUUUUUGUUCCCGUGCUAUACAAUUUUUUUUAUU